CUGGAGAGGUGAGCAUAUCAACUAGAGCUGAAGGCUGUUGUGAACUUCAUCUUUCUCCCCAGAAAAGGCUCAACAUCAACUCCAUGGCCAGCAGCUCCAAGGUGUUUAAGAAGACCAGCUCCAAUGGGAAGCUCUCCAUCUACCUGGGGAAACGGGACUUCAUGGACCAUGUGGACACAGUGGAACCCAUUGAUGGUGUAGUCCUGGUUGACCCUGAGUACCUAAAAGGUCGAAAGAUGUUUGUCAUAUUGACAUGUGCAUUUCGCUAUGGCCGUGAUGACUUGGAUGUAAUUGGUCUGACAUUCCGCAAAGAUCUGUAUGUACUGACACAGCAAGUGGUUCCAGCUGAGUCCAACAACCCACAGGGUCCCCUCACAGUCUUACAGGAGCGGCUGCUGCACAAGCUGGGGGAAAAUGCCUAUCCUUUUACCCUGCAGAUGGUUGCCAAUCUGCCCUGUUCAGUGACACUGCAGCCAGGUCCUGAAGAUUCUGGAAAGGCUUGUGGGGUUGACUUUGAAGUGAAGAGUUUCUGUGCUGAAAACCUGGAGGAAAAAGUCUCCAAGAGAGACUCUGUGAGGUUGGUUGUUCGGAAAGUACAGUUUGCACCAAUGGAGCCAGGCCCUGGACCCUGGGCCCAGACCAUUCGUCGCUUCCUUCUGUCAGUUCAGCCCCUACAACUCCAGGCCUGGAUGGACAAGGAGGUUCACUACCAUGGAGAACCCAUCUCUGUCAACGUUUCUAUCAAUAAUAGCACCAGUAAGGUCAUCAAAAAAAUCAAGAUUUCAGUUGACCAGAUCACAGAUGUUGUCCUGUAUUCACUAGACAAGUACACCAAGACUGUGUUCAUUCAGGAGUUCACGGAGACCAUAGCUGCUAACUCCAGCUUCACCCAGAGCUUUUCAGUAACACCACUCUUGUCUGCCAACUGUCGGAGACAGGGACUGGCACUGGAUGGCAAACUCAAGCAUGAAGAUACCAAUCUGGCCUCUAGCACAAUUGUUCGACCUGGAAUGAACAAGGAGCUACUGGGGAUCCUGGUGUCCUACAAAGUCAGAGUCAACCUGAUGGUAUCCUGUGGAGGAAUCCUAGGAGAUCUGACAGCCAGUGAUGUUGGUGUGGAGUUGCCGCUGACCCUGAUCCACCCAAAGCCAUCUCAAGAGGCCACAAGCUCUGAGGACAUCGUCAUUGAGGAAUUUGCACGGCAGGAGGACGGCGGGGAGGAAAAGCAGAAGGCUUUGGCAGAGGAGGGAGAUGAGGGGAGCUGAGUGCCCAGAUCUGAUAUUCCUGCGUGGGAGUUCCCACUGUAACUCUAAUAAAUCGUUUUGUCCAGAUGUG